UUUACUAUUUCCCCUUUUCCAGAUCAUUUCCUGGACUCUUUAAAAAAAACUGUUCAAGACCUCGGAAACGGGCAGUGAAGUCAAAACAUGUUCAGUUUUUUCUUUUGGACAAAGUAACUGACCGUACCCCCAAGACAGGUGAGGAGAUGGUACUUCUCCAAGCUGGACUAGGCCGUAGGACAGUUGACAUUCCAGAGGAUGCCGAUCACUCAGAGAUUUCAGCACUCCUUCUAGAAUCCUUUCCAAAAAUGGCUACCUUGGAUGGGGCUUGGUUGCUGUAUAAACCAGCUGGGGGCUCAGGGCAGCGGAGGCUAAAUGUUGUAUCACCUGAGGCAGAGGGCUAUUCUGGAGCCCACUUAACAACUGGUUAUACUGGAAAGAGCUGCUAUUAUAUAAUGCCAAUCCAGGAGAGCCUGGAUACAAGCCCCUUGCCCUUUUUGGCCAAAGAGUUUUCCAAAAUGCCUAAGGCAAAAUGCAUCAACUGCCAGAUCCAUGUACCUGUACAGCUGCUGUCACUUCACAUUCAAGAUUGCCAGAAAACUGACACUGACUCAGAUUGUGAAAUUACUGAUGAUCCUUCUGAGAUUUGCCCUAUAUGUGAGGUUCCAUACCCUGUUACAGACCUGCCGCUACAUGCAAGCUUUUGUGGUGAAAGCAGUCAUCUUCAUUUUAGGGACACUCUACCCAGCACAUCCUCUGCAGCUUCAGCAGUUCAGUCAACGCUAUCAACUGCUUACCCAUUAGUACCUGCGAUUAAAGAAUGGAAAUCAGUGCAAGAUCCACAAGAGGCUGUACAGCUCUUCCUGGAGCAACUUAAACAAGAGGGGGCAAGUCAACCAUCACUCCUUCUGUCCCUGGAUGCAACAGAUGAUGACGAACAAAGGGAUUGUUCUCUCAUCAAAUUUUACAAAAGUGACUAUGAAAAAAGCCAAUGGAAAGCUCCUUUCCGCUGCAGCAUUAAAGGGGAUGCUGCAAUUGGAGCAGGUGUGACAAGACAUGUGCUAUCUUCAGCCAUUGCCAGGUUAAAGCAUGGUUUUAAACUAAACCUUGAUUUUGAUCUAGGCAAUGCAGCGGAGACUCUGUUGUUUGAGGGAGAACCUGACCACCUGGUUCCUGCUGCAUCUACAGUGCUUCUGGAGAGUGAUCUUUUCCGUAUGGCAGGUAGAAUCCUUGGUCACUCUGUGAUCAAUGGUGGUCCUACACUGUCUGGGUUGAGUCGGGCAGUGGUCAGUGCCUUAACAAAUUGCCAAAAGGAAAUGACAAAAUCAAAACUCUGCCUAGAAGACUGCCCCGAUACAGAGCAAAGGGACACUAUUGGUCUUCUGCUAAAAGAAGAGUGGACUGAGGAAGAAUUGUCAAGAAUAAACAAUCUCUGCUUGGAUUGGUACUGCACAGUGCCUACAAAGGACACAAACAAGCUUCUGAUAUUCCAGCAGCUCCUCUCCCAUGCUGUUCUUGGCAGAGUAACUGCACAGAUUAAGCAGCUCCAAAAAGGGAUAAAAGACACAGGCAUUUGGCCAUUAAUCGAACACAGACCUGAAGUCGUACCGCUGCUGUUUCCUACAGAAACAGAAGUUCAGUUAACACCACAGCAAGUCCUGCAGUCCAUUAUAUGGCCCCGUGCAAGAUCCAAUCACGAUGAUAGUGAUGACGACAUGCCUGAAGAGACAAUUGCUCUUCUCUCUGCAUUUUUCAGAAGAUAUGUUGAAGAGGCUUCCUCUGACAGAUUAAAGAUGCUACUAAAGUUCUGGGUCGGCUGGGAGGUGCCACCUCAGCGCCUAAAGCUGGAAUUUGUUCAAUCCAGAGGACCAAGACACCUUCCAACUGCUGCGACAUGUUCAGAACGUCUGCGGUUGCCAAAUCACUACAAGAAAUUUGAGGAGCUCAAGGCUGAUCUUAUGGUCUGUCUCGUGUCUGUGGAUACUGGCUUUGGCCUUGUCUAAACAGAACCAUGUUGCAGAGGCGCCCAGUUCGCCAGAGGCGCCCAGUUCGCCAGAGGCGCCCAGUUCGCCAGAGGAGCCCAGUUCGCCAGAGGAGCCCAGUUCGCCAGAGGAGCCCAGUUCGCCAGAGGAGCCCAGUUCGCCAGAGGAGCCCAGUUCGCCAGAGGAGCCCAGUUCGCCAGAGGAGCCCAGUUCGCCAGAGGAGCCCAGUUCUUUUUUUUUUUCCGUAGUACAACAUCACCAAUGUUUGAUCAAUCCAAAGCUGUCUUUAUUUUUUUUAAUUCAGCAAAUAGUACAAAUAUAUUAAUACACACAACAUAAUUUGAAAAAUCCAAAGCUCUUAAAAUUAAAGCGCUGCCACUAUGAGCGGGAGAUCGCAGGUUCGAACCCCCGCUCAUGCAGCUUUGCCAUCAAGCUGCUAGUGCUCAGAGGGAGCAAAAUUGGCCCUACUCUCCCUGUGCCAAAAUGUAUUCACGACAUGUUAAAUACAAGUCCCUUGCCGGCAGGUCUGGGUCACUCUGUUCAAUGAGGCUCUGAACCACCUGUAUUUGUCCUUCAUUUAAAUGCGACUCAAUUUGAGGAACCACAAUCUCUCCAUCAAUCUCGCCAUCGUGGUUUGUGGCAAUGUCCCAGUCAAUGUCAGGCUCCUCUAGAUCCUAGCACAGAAAACAGAACAGAGUACUAAGUAUUGUAAUAAAGCCAAUUUGUCAUUGGACUACUCUGAACAUAUACACUACAUUUGUGACUAAAUUAUCAUAUAGUAUAACAUUUGAGUGAUAAUCUUUAAUAAAUGCCAAAUGUAAAACAUUCAAAA